AUGAAGGCUUCAAACCAUUUAAGCGUUUUUGUUUUAUUUUUAUUUCUGAUUGCAAUAAUUCCCUGCUUAGCUGUUUAUUCGGAAAUACCCAUUGACAAAUUAGACUACGAAACAAUUAAGGUGAAUGAAAAAAUACGAUCGAAAUCAAGAAAGGAUAUACUGAUGCUGAUGUCACUUGUAUGUGGAAGCAUUCUUAUGGCAUAUGCAACCCUGUGGGGAAUCAGAAUUCAUCAUACAUUGAAACAUGACCCAAGAGGCAAAAUCCCAGAUCACGAAGAAAUGACCGAGAUGGAGGAUCCCACAAUGUCUUCUUAA